UCUUAAAAAACCCGUUUUUAAUUGAACUUUUCCAAUUGUUUGUUGGUGCCUUCUCAAAAUAUCAAAUAGCAAUAAGAGAAGAGAGAGAGAAACCAGAGGAGAAAGUGUAAGUAAUUUUCAUUGAUGGGUGUGAUAAAGGCAGCCAUCGGAGAUGCAGUUUUCACAGGCAUGUGGGUGUUUUGCUCGGCGCUUCGGGUGAUUUUGACACGCAUCAUUUCAACAUUCUUCGGUGUUCAACACUUGUUUCCGGUAAAAUUAUUCAUCAGCACAACUUUGGCCACCAUCUUUAUCAUAGCAUUCCUGUUCAUAGGCAAACUCUUGGGUGGAGCCAGCUUCAAUCCUUCCACCUCCCUCUCCUCCUACGUUGUUGGUCAAAUAUCCGACUCCUCUCUCAUCUCCGUUGCCGUCCGGUUUCCUGCUCAAGCAGCCGGUGGAGUUGCAGGCGUCAAGGCAAUUUUGCAGGUGAUGCCGGCAGAAUACAAGAGCAUGCUAAAGGGGCCAUUUCUGAAAGUGAAUUUGCACAGUGGAGCUAUAGCUGAAGGGGUGUUGACCUUCUUGUUUUGCCUUUCAUUGCUUGUUAUAAUGCACAAGGGUCCAAGAAGCCUAAUUUUGCAGGUUUGGUUGUUUUCAUUAUCAACUGCUGGAUUAGUUCUUGCAGGUUCUGGGUACACUGGACCUUCAAUGAAUCCUGCAAAUGCCUUUGGCUGGGCAUAUGUUAAUAACUGGCACAACACUUGGGAGAUGUUUUAUGUUUAUUGGAUUUGUCCAUUUAUUGGGGCUAUUUUGGCUGCUUGGUCUUUCCGGCUUCUUUUCCCUGCAAAACCCAGCAAUAAGCAGAAAAAAGCCUAAGAUUGUAAUAGAAAACUUUUGAUAUAAUGAUGAAUUUCUCCUAA